AUGGCUCCGUACAGCGAAUCAGACGUCAAGAAAGCCCUUGAUCUCCUCAAAAGUGGCCUCUCAUUCGGCAAAGCAUCCCAGCUAGCCGGCGUGCCGAGAAGCACCCUGUAUGACCGAAAAAACGGCAGGAACUCGGCCCGACAGGCCUUUGAGAAGCAGCAGAAGCUCUCAGCAGAAUGGGAGCGCACUUUGGUUAGCUACGUCGUCGAGCAAAGCCAACUCGGGCGCACGCCCACACAUCAGCAAAUUAAAGCCGUUGCCAAGAGCUAUCUAGCCUCGAGUGGGCAAGCAACCACCAUUGGCAAGAAUUGGCUAAACCGAUUCAUCAAGCGGCACCCAGAAAUAGCAACAAUCCUCGUGCCGCCAACCGAAAAGGAUCAGGCUGAGGGCGCAACCAGGCCAACGGAUAUUGAUGGCACAACUUUGAAUAGGGAUAUUGAGCACGCAGCCUCGAGCAGCGAUCUCGAGGGUGCAACCUCGAGCGGUGAGGGCGGAAUCUCAAGUAGUGAUGCCCAACAAGCCUGUCAUGCCUGUUACAUGUGCAACUAUGGAGGUACUCCAAUAGACUUCUGGCAGAAGCUUGAGAAGCGAAUAAGUGACCAGUCAGCCGAGAUAGUCCAAUUACGGGAGAUCAUCGGUCACUUGGUAACUGAAGUCAGGGCACAGCGGCAGGAAGCAUGUCACAAUAACCCGAACCAGAUUUCAUAA